AUGGUGACUGUGAGAUCUAUAGUAGCUGUGUCAGCAGUCAAACAUUGGCCUAUUUUUCAGAGGGAUGUCCAUAAUGCAUUCCUGCAAAGUGACUUAUUGAAAGAGGUUUAUUUAGAGGUUUCUGCUGGGUUUGCUAGCCAGAGAGGGAAACAUGUUAUCUGCAAACUCCAUAAGUUCCUCUAUGAUGAUUUGCUCAUCACAGAAAGUAAUACAGAUCUGAUCCUACAAACCAAAAAUGAUCUUAAGCUAAAAUUUAAAAUGAAAGACCUUGGGGUGCUAGAGUUCUUUCUAGGAAUUGAAUUUGCUAGAUCAGAGAAGGGUAUAGUCAUGAGUCAAAGUAAAUAUGCAUUAGAAUUAAUUAGUGAUCUGGGAUUGAGUGGUACUAAACCAUUCAGCACACCACUGGAGACUAACUUGAAGCUUACUUCCACUGAAUAUGAUGCAUUCCUCAAUGAUGUUAAGAGAGAGAGUCCUAAGAGUGAAUACAUGCCCCUUACUAAUCCCACUCAGUAUCAAAGGUUGGUAGAAAAGUUGUUAUAUCUCACUAUGACUAGAAUUAAUAUUGCAUAUGUAGUACAAGUGUUGAGCCAAUUCAUGCAUAAUCCCAAGCAAUCUCAUAGGGAUGCUGCCCUGAGGGUUGUGAAGUACAUCAAGCAAGCACCAGGUCUUGCCCUCUUAAUGCCUUCAGAUGGCUCAAGAAAGCUUAAAGCUUAUUGUGACUCUGACUGGGGUGGCUGCCUGCAGAAUAGAAGGUCAGUCACAAGAUACUUAGUGAAGUUUGGUAAUGUUGUGGUGUCCUGGAAGUCUAAGAAGCAGGAGACAGUGGCCAGAAGCUUUGCUGAAGCAGAAUUCAAGAGUAUGGCUUCUGUAGUAGCUUAG